AUGGAGGACAACAUGAAAAUGUUGGGAGGAUUCCUGCUGGCUGUACACCUGGUAGUGGCAGUUGCUGUAUUCGCCACUAGUGCCCAAAAUUCUUACGGUAUAUAUUCGGGCCCACUGAUGAUAUAUACUUUGUUAUUUGAUUGUUUGACCACGUUGCAGUUCGUUCUGCUAAAACUCGAGAUGUGGGUGCGGUUCCGCUCCCUCAAUUCCCGCCUCCGUGAGGUGAUCCCAUCGUGCGUCGUACCUGCGUCUCUGCAUCUGCCCUUGGCUUCAUUUUCACCACCUCCUGGUAGACUUCACCAUUUGUUAGAGGCAUACAUGUCACUGUACCACGCUGCACACCUGCUGCAGGGCCAUUUUGGAGGGCCGGUGGCUAUCAGCGUAGCUCACUCGGUGACCAGUUCCACGCGAAGCGCCUACGAAGUGCUGCUGAAACAGCUGCAACCACAGUGGACCUCACAGCUGCAUCUCGGUACCUCCGUGUGCAACUCACUCAUGUGGCUGACGUCUCACUGGCUAAGACUGUCCACGGUCGCGCUGUCGUGUGCGGCGGUGGAGCAAGAGGCGGCUCGCACUACUGCACUCUUCCUGAGGGCCUCUGAGGCGUCUGACGGCCUCUGGCCAGAACUGGAGGCCUUCUUGCCAUUCGUGGUGCACAGUCCUCCACUGCGCUUCUCCGCCGCUGGUUUCUUCACGGUCGACCGCCAAGUGCUGGUGUCUGCACUAGCCAUUGUCAUCACAUACGUCGUCAUCAUGGCUCAGAUUACCCCUGCACAGUAA